GGCGGUGGUGGUGACGUCAGCAGUGGAGCGUUACUAGCGAGGGUGGUUAUUAUGGGCGGACCUGUCGUUGGCAGCAUGCGAGUGAGCGUCACAGUGUUUCAUGAGCUGCAGCGUGUGUUUGUAUUCAUGGAGAGUACUUCUAGAACUCGCUGUGUUCAUUGAUGAUAAAUCAAGUGUAGGCAGACGUGUGUGUUGUGUACGUUUUAAAUUUCUAUUUGCGGGACUUGGUUUGACACACUUUUGAAGAUGGAAGGCGAAGAGAAACAGAACGGACCAAACGUUGGUCCAAAGAUCAUUAUCAUUGGUGCUGGAAUUUCAGGGAUCGCUGCUGGAAGUAAAUUAGCCCAGCAAGGAUUCAACAAUGUCAAAAUUUUUGAGGCAUCGGACAGGAUAGGGGGUCGAAUUUGGAGCGUUCCAACGGAUGCUGAAGGGAACAAAGCCGAGAUGGGGGCAAACUGGAUUCAUGGCAUUGAGCGCAAUCCCAUUUAUCAGAUAGCCGAUGAGAACCAUUUACUUCAGCUGCGAAACAAAGACAAAAGCUUUCGCAGAAAGGAUGUUUACAUGAGGGAGGAUGGUGAGGUCAUAAGUGAGCGUCUGGUGAAAGAAGUCGACUUCACCUAUGGUAUGCUUAUCAGUAAAUGUGAGGAGUUUUUUGCUUGCAGUGUGCCUACUCCAGAAGAGGAUGAUUCAGUGGGGGCCUUUCUGGAUAGGACAUUUGAAGAGAAUGUUGAAAACUACAGCAAUGGUAACAGGCGUUUACGUGAGCUUAUAUUCUGGCACCACAAGCUGUUAGAAUGUUGUAUAAGUGGGUGUGACAACCUUCAUGAGGUGUCAUUAGCAGAGUUUGGCAGCUAUGAGUCACUGCCUGGUAUCCACUACACCAUACCGCCUGGCUUCGAAGCAGUCCUUGAUAUAUUGAAGCAAAACAUCCCAAAAGAGAACAUCGUAUUUAACGCACCAGUACGCUGUAUCAACUGGGACCUUGGCCCAGACUCGGAGUAUCCCGUCUGUGUUGAAAUGGAGAAUGGUGAAAAGCAUUAUGCGAACCACGUGAUAGUCACGGUGUCCUUAGGAGUGCUAAAAGCAUCUAGUGAUCGCUUCUUCUCUCCCCCACUGCCUGCUGCAAAGCAACAGGCUCUCAAGAAACUUGGCUUUGGUGUGGUGAAUAAAGUGUUUCUGGUGUUUGAAGAGCCUAUUGUGGAUGCAGAUGUCUUCCGUCUCAACAUGAUCUGGGACCCAGACACGGUGGUGGAUGCUGAUCUGCGUAACUCAUGGUACCGCAAGAUCUAUUCCUUUGAAGUGGUGCAUGAACGGAUUCUUGUUGGCUGGUUGUCUGGCAAGGAGGCUGUGUUCAUGGAAUCACUUACUGAGGAACAGAUUGCUGCGGACUGUGUGGGGAUACUCAAGAAGAUGCUAAAACAUGACAUUCCCGCUCCCAUUAGAGUCAUCAGAACCAGGUGGGGGACUAACCAGCUGACAAAGGGUUCCUACUCUUUCAUAGCUGUUGGCUCUACACAGCAGGAUAUACUUGAGCUGAGUAAACCUCUAUCCAGCAAGGGGGUCAGCAAGCCCAGUGUACUCUUUGCAGGAGAGGCAACGCAUCCCAACUUCUAUUCCACUACACAUGGAGCUCUCUUGACAGGACACAGAGAGGCAGCCAACAUCAUCAGGAUGUACAAUCCAGACAGUGGGGUGGAAGACAACAGUGACCAGCAAGACAGUGACCAGCAGGAUGAUGUCAGUAACUAAGGUCACCACCUCAUCUCUCUCUACAGGUCUUACUACCUUAUUACCUUUUAUGCCUGGACUUUUCAGGGCAUCGGUACAGCCACACAGAACAGAGCUAAGCUGUUCAUCUAUCAUCCAUUUUACAGCAGAAAAGUUCUUGUGCGUAAUUUGAAACCCCCCUUACACCCCAGGUCCUUUUAUUUGCAUUGUCAUGAGAGUUGCAUGCUUACAUUGCCACAGAAUAAUUUGUCUUUUAGUGUAUUUCCUUUUCAUUUUUGUGCAUGUGUAAGUCUUAAGCAUUAUUUGUUAUUUGUGUACAGACCCAGAUUUCGUCCCUUUCAUAAAAAUGCUUGAAAAGGUGAAAGAGAAAAUAUAUAACGUUUGAUUUUCAGUGUUUGUGUGUGCAGUGUGUUAUUUGUGCCGAAAACUUCAUCUAACUUUUUAGUUGUAGGUGUAGAGGGUGAUGGGUCAUCUGUGUUUAGCUGCAUGUCAGAUAGGCUUACUGUCAAGAAUUUUUGUGACCGCAGUUCUGACAGUUGUUAAUUUUAAAAACCAGUAUUUUGGUGAUAGAGAAAUAACCUGUUGUCAGAGCUAGUUUAUGCACUAAAAAGUUUUUAUUAUUCAUAGAUAUACAGACAGUGACAUUAUAAUUGAAGUGGAUUCCAGAGAGAAUGUGAAUAAGAUUGGCAGGACCAGGAAAGGAAAACGUCAGUUCUGGAUUUUUAAUACCUUUUUGAGGUCAUUAACAACAAUUUUGUCAAUAAUUUGGUUUUGGACAACUGAUGGAUUAUACAUUUUUGACUUUUUUAAAAAGGAAAUUUUCAGACUACUGAAAUGCUUUGUUGUGGAUUUGUCUACAUCAAUGCAAAGUAAAAAGUUGACAUAUUUGCUUGUCCUGGUAGAGUAUUGCAGACUCAGCGAGUCUUUCUACUUGAUGAUUUGCUUUUUGCUGAUUUUCUUUCUCAACCUUCCUAUUUUACAUGGGAAUAAAGUUGAAAAAUAGUGAAUUAAAACAAUGUGAUAGUUUGGUUGAUAUCUUUAUACACGUAAACCUACUGAUUAAGUAUCAUGUGAUUGUUGAAAUGCAUGUAUUCUUAAAAAAGCUAUUGUUAGAUGAUUCUUAUUCAGAUUUAUGGGUUUUGCCUUGCCAGAUUGCUCUAGCCUGAAAGCAUCAUUGCUGAGUUCCAUGGUCUUACAUUGUUAUCUUGCCAACAUCCAUCAACAAGUUUAUGGCAAGAAAGAUAUUUGGCAACUUACACCGGCUAUGUUUUCUAAACGUGUAAUAAAUACUUGAAUAGGGUAGGUAAAACAUUUUAACUAUUUCUACCAAUGGCUGGAAACUUAAAAAUGGUAUGGGUGGGAAGGAAGGGCAAGAAGCAGUGACAUAUUUCAGGUAGGGUAGGGGUCAGAGCAGGGAAAAAUAGAGGUGGGAAAGGUGACAUUUUGGGUGGGGUAAGAAUGCUGAUAGCUCUUUUGUGCCAUAUCAUGUAGCAUGAAGUGAGUUUGGUAAGAUAAUGGAAGUUAGGAAAAAUGUAAAAGAAAAGAUAGUGAGGUAGGACCAUGGCGAGCAUGAAGCAAACAGUAAUUGUUUGCUGCAGAACUACAAACUGUGUUCAGUGAACAGUCAUGGAGGAUGUAUUCAGUGGACCGUCACAUAAAGUGUAUUUAAACAGCAUGUUGCAUCCAGAGCACUAGAAAAUGCAGGUUACAUUCAGCUGGCAUGGCAUGGCAUGCUGCUUUUGCUUAUUCUGUCUGGCUGAGACGAACCAUGCUAUGUUUAACUGAUUUUAUUUUAUGUAGAUUUUUUUUAAAGUGAUAGACAUUCACAGAUUGUUUGGAGUUGGUUUUGUGCAGGGUUUAUGGACUGUCGAAUGUGUAGGUGUAUGGCAGAGUUCUUGUGACAUGAUCUGAUAUCAUUUGUGUGAUACUUUAGUAGUGAGCUCCUUGCCCUUAUCUAUUUGUAAUUGUACAUUUGGUUGCUAUGCAUGAACUUAUAUGAGAUGUUACACUUUAGGAUGGAGCAUAGCAAAUAAAGGACAGAAUAAUUCAGAGGCUUAGAUGUUUGCCCCUGAGCAAAGGAAAUGUGGCCUCAUGGCCUGUUAGAGACCUUGAAUGUCCUGCUAUGCAGGGUUCAGAUUUCAUUCAUUGCAUCUAGCAACCCCGCAACCCAGUGACAUCAGCAAAGCUAAUCUUUUCUUUUCUUUUUUUUUGUUUUGUUUUUUUUUUGACUGUUUGCAUCUAUUUACAUUAUUGAAAAGGGGGCUUUCUGCUAGCAACAUCCUCUUGCUUCCAGUUUGUACUUGAGAAUUAGGUUUCUUUGCAUAUUGUUUUGUGAAACUUUGACCUAUGCAUACUGAGCUUUUUUGGUGAGAGGCAGCAACAAAAUCAUGCUGUUCAUUACAUAAUCCAGUGUUACAAUAAAAGCAUGAAACAAAAAAAUAGAUAAAUCUGUGAGAAAUGAGAUGUUGCUUUGAAAAGAUAUGCCCUUGUAGCAUCAAGGAGAAAUGCUUGCCUUGUUCCCAUGCACAAUAUGAUGGCCUCAUUCCCAUUAAACUGCAGGAUUGGUUUGGUUUUGUAGCCUGACUUCAUAUCCACACCCUGCGAUAUGCAUUCACAGCCAGCAUGUUACAUAUGGUAACCUUGUAUGCUGACCAUUAUUUCAUAUUCUUGGCAUGAUCUGUCAGGUUCUUGACUGGUUGCAUGUUCUGCAUGUAAGAUUAUAGUUACGCGCCUAAUCGGAGUGCUCUCCCUUCAUCACAUGAUACUAAGGAUUGUUGGGUUUUGGCAGGGAAUUACCUGUGUGAGGCAACCAGUCAAGGGCAGCACAGACUGCAGAAUCAACCACUAACUACAGCAUACCCAAGUUUCCAGGCUAUAUGACCUGUAUUCAAUAUAUACAUAGCGUGACGUGAUUCAGUUUUAUCAGUGAAACAAAGUAAUUUUUCUAGGUUUAUUAAAGAUCAGUACUUGUAUGUUUUUGAAGAUUUUCACAUUCACUAAUACAUUCAUGAUUAAGAUCAGUACUUGUCUGUUGGUAAAGACUUUAACAUUCACUAACUCAGUCAGGGAUGUGAGGUAUGAAGUCAGGGAAUCUCCUUUAGCUGAAUUCUGGCAGACAUCUAUCACAUAAAAAGCAUGUGCUACAUGCUUCUCAGUGAACAAGCAGUAAAAGAGAAAACUAAGGAGACCUGUUUUCACCUGUUACCUAUGACAGCUUGUACUGUUGUGGCUGCAGGUUUUGAGUCAACAGGCUUUCAGCUUCAAGUUGUAAUGAUUGUAGAUGAUGCCAAAACAUCACAAAAAAACCAGUCCUGUGGUUUUUAAAUAUCAUGUGAUGGAGGGAAAGCAUCUUGAUUGGGCGCGACAAUGAGGCCAAUCAUUUGUUAAUGGAUUAGGCAAACAGGAGUUUAGUCUAAUUUCCUCAGGGUAUUGAAGCUGAUGAUGAGAAAUGCUUGAGUCGCUGAAUGCAUACAAAAAACUAACAGCCAGAAAUUAUUGUACUGCAGUCCCCCUGUAUCUGCAAGUAAUAGUUUCCAAAACCUAUUAAGUUUACAUGAUACCAUGGAUAACACUGAACACUAUAUAUAUAUAAAACUGUUAAUGUGAACACCAAGAAUGCCAGAGGCAUAAUGGAAGCCCGUUCAUUGGGGAAGGGUGAGUACAAAGACAAAGGAAGUUGGGUCGAGCACAGGCCCUUUUAGUGCUACUGGACUUCACCAGUUACUGGUCUGGUUAGAUUUUUCCUGUUACAGCCCUUCCUUGCUUGGCAUAUAUAUUGUGAAAUGUAUCAACCAUUUAUUUUUUAAUUUCCUUUUUUGGGGAUGGGAGUCUGCAGUAAAGUGCUGAUAAUGGAAACUGCAGGUGCUCAGAAAGUACAGGGGCAUGGCUAGUGCAAAGUUUUGGAUAUAACAAGAUUUAGUGCAGUUGUGUCAAAGAUUGUUCUCAUUGCUGCCUUCAAAAAUCUUUUUUUAGCUUGUCAAUUGUUUAAAGAAACGGGAAUAAUACCAAUUAUCAUUAUCUCUCUUUUUUUCUUGGAUUAGUAGCUUAGUUAAUGUAUAUUGUGCACUACCACUGCAUGUUUUAGAAAGAAAUGGGAAUAAUAAUAAUACCAAUUAUCACCUUCUUUUCUCUUGCAUCGAUAGCUUUGUUAAUGAUGUAUAAUGUGUGGUACCACUGCAUUUUUGAAGUGUUUUGAAAUGACAUGUUUUUUGCUUUUGCAUUAGAAAAGUCCACAGCCUUGAUAAGUAGUUUGAUUUUCUAUAGUUCCUAAAAGAAUGUUUAGAUGAAACUAUGCAAGAAGUUUAAAUGCAGCUGGGUAACUAGACAGUCUAUUGUUUUGGCAUCUUUUAAUGAUGUUAGAGACUAAAUCACAGUUUGCUAUAUAAGAACUAGAUUUCUUAAGAGCAUCUGCUUUCCUGCUUGCAGAAGAACAGUUCAGUAACCUAACACAGUGAACAUGGAAAAAACUGGAAUGUUCUUUCUGUGAGGCAACAUGCUUGUAUGCAGUCUUGUGCAAUGUAACAUUUCUAUAUAUCUAGCUCUAAUGUGGCAGAAUAAAUUGUGGUGAUGAUAAUUGUCCAGUGCAAAGACAUUGCCCAGAUCUUUGGUCAGUUUUGUGAUUUGUUCAGAUUCUCUUGUACAUUAAAAUGUGUUGCCUUGUGUAGAUACAAAUUCUGAGAUCAUCAUUGUACCAGCUCUCAUUUACUAUUGGGCAUCCACCAUGCAGCGAGCAGGGAAUGCUCUUGGCCUGGUUCUGUUCAGUUUGAGCGACCCUCUACAGAGGAUGUAGAGAGUGCAGUACAGUCACUGAGAGUAGUGACUGUUUUGAAAAGCUGCUUGCUUUAUUUAUUUCUCAUGAGGUCAUUGAUGCUUUCAUUGAUUUAUUUCCCUUGCAGAGCUGUCUCUUUCUUUUGUCCCCUUCCUACUCCUAUGCCUUGUUUUGCAGACAUGAGUGGAUUUUGGUUAGGGUUAGUGUUAAUUUAUGCAUUGUAUUGUGGUCUUUACUUGUGCCUGAUUGCCUUUUUAAAAGUUGAUGUGUUCUUAUUUGUGGAACUAAAAGUUUGUUUUCUGCACAUUUUUCUUUUGCACAAAACAUUUGAGUAGUGGAAGCAAAUUACACAUAGACUGUAAGGGAAAUACAACAUUUUAUUUUUAUCUUUACAUAUUAUCAAGGUUAGGACAGUGCUUACAGCUGUUUUGGGGGGGGAAGGGCAAUAACUUAAAACAUAAAACAGUUCACUUAUGUGGUCUUCAUUGGGAUUAAAAAGGGGAGGUGGGGCAGAUCUUUACUUAUCCCUCUUAGCUUUAACAGCUUUGAAUGUUGCACUCCAGUCUGCAUUGGUUCUGGCACUACAAAGAAUACACACUUAUAGUUGUACUUCUGUUUUAAAACAUGGUAAAGAUUAUUGACAGCAGUUCUUUAGAACUUUAUUGUGAACAGAUGCAUGUCCUUUUUUUUACCUCAGACCAUCAACUGAACGUUCUCACUGUAGUUAUUAGAGCAGGCUGUAGCUGAUAUUGGCAUUUUAGUUUUCUGCCUGAUAUUUGAGGGUACACAAGAGCUAUCUUUUCUGGGAUUAUGGAGGGUUAUGUCAAAUACACAAUCUUGUAUGAUAAUCCUACAUCCUAAGGUUAUAUGAGUUGAUAAAGUUUAUUGUAUGGUCCUUAGGGGGAUACUGUUAUGCAUAAAUAUAUGUUUGAAUAGUCUUCCAUUGUCACAUCCAGCAUAUGCUAAAUGUAAAUUUUUAAAACUUCCCCCCAAAACUUGAAACAGUAUAAAAUUCAGUCAUGGUGUGUAGAGGGCCUCUGUCAUAUGAUACCAUUUGGUCAGGGACCAAAUUCAGAAUUCAAAUCCGAGUAACUGCACGCUUGACUUGAAUCAUUUGAAUGUUUUGGCUGUCAUAUAUGCUGAAUAUGUGAUUAGAGGGACUAUCCAGAUCAACUUAUAAAUAUUCUAAUACAUAACCAGAAAUAGACAUAGAACUUGUGGGUGGAGAAAGAUAAUGUAUGUAGAUUGGUGCCAGUACUUGCUCAUAACUUCAGUGGAAGUGACCGACCAAAAAGUCCAGUUUUAUCAGAGCCCUCUGAUUUAUAGGGUUUGAUUUAUUUUAAACUUCAGUAGGAGAGAAUGGAUUAAAAUUCAAAAUGGUUGUCUUCUCCACCAGCUCCCCCCUGCUCCUCCAGAGUUCCGACUCCUCUCCCUGUAUCUCUGCAAGGAAAUUUCUCGUGUGACCUCAGGGCUUUGUGUUCUUGUUCUUGUCAGAAUCCUGUAAAUUUCAUUGCUUUUGAAAGACAGCUUAUGAAUCUGUUGUGAGAUGAAUGUUGUAAUCUCCCUUCUACUACAGAAACCAAAGAAUUGAAAGGUGUUGUGUCAUUCCCCUCCCCUUUUCCCCCAUCAUGAUCAAUUUUUCUGUGUUCCUGUGUUCCUAGCUAAUGUGUUACACUUACAGUCUCUGAUGUCAUGAAUGCAUUUGCAGCCAAGUCCAGUCAUGUUGUGGUCCCAUCAUACUGUAACCAGAUUUGCUUAUGGUACUAUAUGUCAACUUGAAUCCAGAGUAAAAUCCAAAUCUUGCACAUGAAUGCCAAAGGAUUUAACUACACUUGAGAAAUUUUCAUUGCUGCUUUGGAAGGAGCAGGUGGUAUUAUUGAAUGGCUGUAUUGCAUGUGUGUGUCACUGCUGUUUGCUCUGUUUCUUAUAGUGAACUGUAAUGCAUAUGCGCUACUGCGGAAAAAGGGACUGUUGCUACUUACAAUAUUAUGCAUUUGUCCGAUGCUGAAAGAUAUCUUUCACUUCCUGGCAUGCUGAUCUAGUGAAAACAAAGGAUUAAUUUGUGAGCAAUCCUUUUUUUUUUCCCCUGCCAGAAUUUAGGGUUAGGGUUGUAACACAUUGCCUGAACAUGGAGAUAUAUGGAGCUAUCAAUUAUUACUUCAUAUAAUCAUUAUGAUCAGUAUAUACUUGCAGAUGAUCUUUGUUUAAUUACUCAGCAGUGGUAGCUUUGACCAAGCACCAGUGAUCACUUUGACAAAGUGGCAGUGGUAACUGCAGCAGGCUGGCUUAACUUAGUGAUCUGAUCAAAAGCAAUGUGACUGUGGCUGGUGCCUUAACACUGGGCACGCUGUCUUGUGUACAGAAAAUAUGGGUCACAUAGCCCUUCUCCCCACUUCCAAACCCCUCUUUUACCCAUCAGAAUUUUCCCAUGUGUUUUCAAGGGUUGGGAACUGUGAAAUGAGAAGGAAAUAAAUUCUUUUCGUCUUUGCUCCAUCCCAUUGAAAAAUCCAGGGAGUUGAAGACAGAUUGUUAAUGUUGAGAUUUAAAUUAUUUUGAAAGCAGUCACUUUUAUCAACUUGGCUCUUUAUGUCCUGAUCGGCGAAAUCCCUGUGAAUGUAAGAGUCUCAUCAAUUGUGGUCUUCAACUGACAAGUCAUAUAUAAGGUAUGAGCAACUGCAGUACUUAAUGAAGUCCCCCAGACACAACAGUGUUGCUAUGUCCUACCAUCCUGGGUCAAGGGUGAUGAAUGCCUUGAGGAAGGUAGAGUGUUUCAGUGACUGGGCCUCACCUAUGCAUACUUUUAGUUAAUGGGCUGUGAGACGGUGGUGGCACCUUCAGGAUGAACAUGGUGUGUAGCUGAUGUCAGGAGGUGGAGGAUGAUAUUGGGCUUUAGGCAGUAGUGACAGUCUAGUCAGCAUGUGUCUUAAGUGAGCGGCAUUAGGUUAGGAUGGAUAGUUUGCAACGACAACUUUUAUCUUUCACUUGACUGAUUUGUAGAAAACCCUGAGCCAGAAUAAAGAGGAGGUUCAGUAGUCUGAUGAAAUGCUUUGGGCGGAUAAAGUAGAUGCACAUCAGCACAAGGAACAGGCAGUCAGGUUUACUACCGCCAUUCUUUGAAUUGUCGGUCUUCCUGCGCUACCAAACCCCUUCAACAUGUGAUUAGUGGACUUGACCUGGAUACCAUCUUUCCAGUUCUAGUCCUGCUGGACUGCUUGGUCUUUAUAGUCUGGCCUGUAUGGCAUCUUACUACAGUCAUGCUAGAUUGCUUGGUCCCUUCAUCAUAUGUAGUAUCAGCUGAUUUGUGUUGGUAAGUACAGACAAAUUUUAUGUGAAGACUGAUUUGUAUGUACCUAUGAUGUGGAAGCUAAUGUGUAUACCCACAGCCAUGUCAGUUACUCAAUUCUCUUGAGUGUUUGACUGGUGCAGACACAGCUGUAUUCUCAGUGUUUGCAUUACACAUAGCUGCUAAUUUAUACACCUGCCUAGUUAAUGCAUAAGGCUCGGGUGUCAGAAAUUUGAAAUAAAAUACUGUUCAAUGA